AUGUCUGCAAAGCCUUUGAAGCUGGAUUUCCAAGGCAAUGACUUAAACAGGAAUGCUCUUUCAGUUGCAUUAGCAGAAAUGAAAUGGGCUCAGUAUGCUGCAGUUAUGCAGGGCAUCACACCAACUGCCGAGAAUUCUGUCAAGCCAUUUUUUCGAACAGACUCUUCUCCUGGGCCAUCUCAGAUCAAAGCAGUGGAAAAUUAUUGUGCCUCUAUCAGUCCACAGUUGAUACACUGUGUCAACAAUUACACCCAGUCUUAUCCAAUGAGAAACCCAACUGAUAGUUUAUAUUGCUGUGACAGAGCUGAAGACCAUGCUUGCCAAAACGCCUGCAAGAAAAUUCUAAUGUCUAAGACAACAGAAAUGGAGAUUGUUGAUGGUCUCAUUGAGGGUUGUAAGACCCAGCCCUUGCCUCAAGAUCCUCUUUGGCAGUGUUUUCUCGAAAGCUCGCAGUCGGUUCACCCCGGAGUCACUGUGCACCCUCCUCCCUCAACCGGCCUUGAUGGGGCCAAAUUGCACUGUUGCUCUAAAGCAAACACUUCAAUCUGUAGGGAACUGUGCACGAAACUUUAUAGCAUGAGCUGGGGAAAUACACAGAGUUGGCAAGAGUUUGACCGCAUCUGUGAAUAUAAUCCGGUGGAAGUGUCCAUGUUGACAUGUCUAGCUGAUGUCCGGGAACCUUGCCAGUUGGGCUGUACAAACCUUACUUACUGUACAAACUUUAACAACAG